CCAGCCCGCCGGGGGCGGGGCAAGCGGCGGCGGUCACGUGGUGCCGCCGGAAAUGGCGGUCCUUAACGGUGAUGAUGGCUAGAGGGACCGAGCUGGUGAAAAUGGAAACACGCAGUACGUCGCUCUUCCGGUCGGACGCCUGAUUGCGGCUCCCGCCGGCCGAGGGACAGCACGCCGCUGACCAUGGAGCACAUCAUAACGCCAAAGGUGGAAUAUGUAAAGUUGCUUGACCGGUUUACUUCGAAGAAACCAACACUGGGAACACUUUACUUGACUGCAACACAUCUGAUAUUUGUAGAAUCUACAUCAGAGGUCCGAAAGGAGACAUGGAUCUUGCACCAUCACAUUUCAGCAAUAGAGAAGCUUCCCCUUACUUCUGCAGGGUGUCCAUUGUUAAUCCAUUGCAAGAACUUCAGAGUUGCACACUUCGUUAUUGGUCGAGAGCGUGAUUGCCAUGAUGUUUACAGUUCACUUCUCAGACUGUCACAACCAGUGGAGUAUGAGGAACUUUAUGCUUUCUCAUACAACCCUAAACAUAAGGAAAUGGAGAGAGACAUCGGCUGGAAAAUGAUAGAUUUAAGGGAAGAAUUUCAGCGAAUGGGAGUACCUAAUGGACACUGGGAGCAGACCGAUGUCAAUGAAAAUUAUCAGACCUGUAGUACUUAUUCAUCUGUUCUCUAUGUACCAAGAGAAGCCACCAAGCCAACAAUAGUAGGCAGCUCAAAAUUCAGAAGUAGAGGACGAUUUCCUGUUCUUUCUUACUUUUACAAGAAAAACAAUGCUGCCAUUUGCAGGUGUAGUCAGCCAUUGUCAGGAUUCAGUGCCAGGUGUGUGGAAGAUGAACAAAUGCUACAAGCCAUCAGCAGGUCCAAUCCUGGGAGUUCUUUUGUAUAUGUGGUAGACACUAGACCAAAGCUGAAUGCCAUGGCAAAUAGAGCUGCUGGGAAGGGGUAUGAAAAUGAAGAUAAUUACUCCAAUAUUAGGUUCCAGUUUGUUGGUAUUGAGAACAUCCAUGUGAUGAGGAACAGUUUGCAAAAACUUUUAGAAGUAUGUGAGUUGAAAACGCCUUCAAUGAGUGAUUUUCUUACGGGCUUGGAAAAUUCUGGCUGGCUGCGACAUAUCAAAGCUGUCAUGGAUGCUGGUUUCUUCAUAUCAAAGGCUGUGGCUGAAGAAAAUGCCAGUGUAUUGGUCCACUGUUCUGAUGGGUGGGAUCGUACUGUUCAAGUUUGCUCAUUAGCUGGCCUUCUCUUGGAUUCCUACUAUCGAACAAUAAAGGGAUUUAUGGUUCUUAUAGAAAAAGAAUGGAUCGCUAUGGGACACAAAUUUUCCCAAAGAUGUGGCCAUCUAGAAGGUGACCCCAAAGAAAUUUCACCUGUGUUUACUCAGUUUAUUGAAUGUAUCUGGCACCUGAUGGAUCAGUUUCCAUGUGCUUUUGAAUUUAAUGAGAAGUAUCUGCUGGAGAUCCACGACCACAUCUCCUCUUGCCAAUUUGGUAAUUUCAUUGGAAACUCCCAAAGAGAACGUCAAGAGUUGAAAAUACAAGAAAAGACUCAUUCCUUGUGGCCGUUUCUACUGGGAAAGCAAUAUCUGUACCGGAAUCCCCUGUAUAAACCCAGUGCAAUAAAUACGGUGUUAAAGCCCAAUACCGCUCCUUUUAAUUUCAGGUUCUGGUGUGGAAUGUAUAAUCGUUUUGAUCGAGGAAUGCAACCAAAACAGUCAGUUCUAGAUUCUCUGCAAGCUGCAGCAAAACAAAAAUCCGAGCUAGAAGAAACUGUAGAAGAUCUGAAUCAGGAACUUCUUCAUGUAAAUGAAUCGCACUCUGGUGCUUCUGUUACCUUAUCAAUGAAGCUUUCGACUGAGGAACACACUCCCCAGAUUCAAGUAUUAAAUGCUUCUCAGGACGAUACAGAAGAAAACAAAGUUCCAUUAGCAAAUGGCAUGGAGGAUUUAGUAGAAACUAUUUCUGAUGGGAGUGAAGAAAGGGAAAAUAUACUGGAUUCUUCAUUUACGCACGAGUCCACUUCAAAUUACACGGACUCCCUUUCCUUAGUCAAAAUGAGCAUACAAGGGGACGAAGAACAUCAUGAAAUCUUUCAAGACAAGGUUGAAAAAUAGUUACUCAUUUUGAAACAAAUUGUUUUUGUGUUUGUUCCCAAGCAUAUUUUGUCUUAAUAUUUUCAUAUUAUUCUGCAAAAGUGUCAAAAGGGAAAAUGCCAAGAAAUAGCUGUGUAACAAAUAUAUUCCAGGUUUAGAAAAGGAAUCUAUCUCGCUGCUUAAAUCACAUGAUUUACUUCAGAGAGACAAUCUUAUAAGAAGCACACUCUUGGUAUUAAUACUUAUCCAUUAGGAGGCCCUGAUGGAUAUUUGGUGAAUGUCCAUAAUGGAUGGGAGACCGUCAUUACUUUGGCCCUGAAUUCUUUUUACAAGGCUUCUGAAUUCCUGAUAUGCCCCGAGUGAUGAGGCUCAGAUGUUAUAAUCUGUCCAGUUAUUGCAGAUGUAUUUUAUUGUAUUUGUCAACUUUUAAAGUUCCAAUCUUCGUAAGUAGCUUCAUUGUAGUAUUUCUGAGUUUUACUACUGAAGAAACCAGUUUUGGAUAUGGUAAAGCAUUUUAGAAACCCAAACUGGCUGCUUUGUAUAUAUUGAGUAUAACCAAUAUGUUUUCUAAAAUUGGAAAUUAUUAAGUUUUAGCUGUAAUAUGUAAUAAACUGAUGAUGAUUGUUUCCCUCUUUAAUUAUCUUCAGUUUCCCCCCCUCAGCUAUAUUUCUAUUCCAUAUCUUUUGAUAUGGCUUUUCUGCUGUCACCAGCUUUGUGAUAUAUUAGCUAACUAGCUGUUUUUAUGUAAACUUGUAAGAUAAAUUAUUCUCCGGUUAUAUUCAAAUCCAAUUGUGUUCUCAACAUGUCUUCAACUUGCAUUUCCCAUCUAAAGUGUAAGAAAUAAGAACUUGAGCAGCUGAAGUGUUGGCAUUAACUAACUAUGAAUAUCUAGCUUUAGAGAUAGUCACUUGGCUAAGGCCAUCUACAGUCCUAUCAAUGAUCAAGCAACUCAGAACAAGGAAGGGAAUUUAUUCAGGCUUUGGUGUGGAAAGACCCUUAUGAGAUGUGUCCUUGGAAGUAGCUGCAAUUCAAUUAUUUUCACAGAAUGCCUUGUGAACAGGUUAUACUAUUAUUCUGCUUAUUAUGAAAAGUUACCACAGUUCUUUCAAUGUGAUUGUGAGAUGUUGUCACCUGAUACUGCCUGUUGAACAGUAUUUGUUGCAGUUAGUGCUAAUGUCUUAUUUCAUUUGAGAUUUAGAAAUAUGAAAUCUUUUUCAUGAGAUUUAACAAAAAGUUUAUUUUCUAAUCAUUAAAGAGUUAUCAUUUGUAUUUUUAAUGUUGGCUUAUUUUCCAGUUUAUUCAAAUUCUGAACUUUUGUUAUUAUUUGUCAUGUCUCCAGAUUCAGGUUUCUAAUCUAAUCUAGACUACCCAGUACCGCUUCCUAAUACCAAACCCAAUACAGUGACCCAGAAGGUCAUUCAGAGUCUAUUUUCUUCAACUAUUUUGGGGAUUUGUGAUGUGCAGAAUACUUUGCCAGAUUUGCAAUGUUCUUGUCCACUAGUGUUGCUUGCUGUCAGUAGCAGAUUUUCUCUUAGGAUCUCAUCAGAAGCAAAUGAGUAAAUAUUAACUGCAAGUGUCAUUAAACUCAACUUCUCUAAAGCCUUUA